GCACGCGUGAUGUUCUGACACCCGCGUGAGCCGUGGCGUUAAAAUAGGCGUAUUGCGCGGAUCCCACAUUCACCGGGCUGAGGGGCUGGACACAGUGGAGGAUCCAAGGUGUGUGUGUGUGUGUGCGUGUGUGUGUGUGUGUGCUGGCACUCUGACACCCAAACGUGCUGUGCACGCGCGCGCGCCGUGCCGCUCUGCGCCGGUGUAGCCAGAGGAAAAGACUCCACGAGCCGGUGCAGGCGCAGAGGCGCGCGCAGCGACCAGAGCUGUGUCAUUAAAUCCUCAUCUGCGGAUCUCUCCGUUUGGUCGCGCGCCUUACUACUACAACUGCCCCAGGGGUCUCCAAAGAACCGACCGGGUGGCACGCGCGCAAAUAGGUUGUCGAGGGGAGGGCGGCCACCUGGGAAAAUGGACCUGAACCCGUGCCUUUAAAAUCGACCACACGCGUAAACGACGUUGAGGAUAAUGGCGAAAACUGACAAGCUCUGAAAUUGCUGUGAGGGGAUUAUUGUAGAUCAGUCUGGCCGGUGUCGCGAGGGGAAGGAAUCAGAGUUUUUCAUCACCCCCUGUCAAAAAAGGAAUAACCACCACCGCUAUGGCGCGCCGGAACGGCCGUUUGGGAACCUGGCAGGUGCUCCUGGCCAUCGCCAUGGUAAUCGCCCCCGUGUCUGCUCACGGGAAACAUUCAGUAGCCCGGCACCAUCAUCACCACAAUCACUCAUCGGUCAGCAACGAGGCCUUGGACACCAGGAUGGUGCUCAGCGACGACUCGGCAGAGCGAGAGCACCUGAUUGGAGCGGGGAUUGGCGCCAAGCUCCCCCUCAGCCCCACCAGACAUCACCAUAACCACAAACGGCACUACCUGGAUUUCGCCGAGGAGGAUCCCUCCGUGAUGGAGGAGCUAACGGCCGGAGGGGCCGGGCCUGACCAGCCUGGGAAUCCCUUAUCGGACGGCGUCAUCACUGUGGAGUUUCACAGCCCCGCGCCGGACGUGGUGCCCUCUGAGGCCGCUCUGGAUUGGGAAAAAGCCCCCAAACCCCAAAAGCAGAAAGGUGGAGACCCUACCACAUGGACACUCUCUGAUUUUUAUGAUUACCUGUCUCCUGACGAUGACCUUUCAGCAGUAGAUACCACCCCAGAGCCGGAGGCCACCCUCUCACCCUCAACUGACAUGGAGGAUGAGAAUCCGCUGCUCGGUGGUUCUCCCGCUGUGCCCGAAAACGUGAGGCCAGGCUCAUCUUUACCGGCUCCUCCCGUGCCAGGGCCAGAUAGCAGUGAUGGGUUGGGCGUUGGCGGCGCCAUGGGGGCCGACGGCUGCAGGCUGGGCUUUGUCCUGUCCGGACCCGGGGUGUGCGUUUCCCAGUGCGACGUAGAACCCAAUUUCUGUUUCAACGGAGGCGUGUGCACUGUCGUCGCAGGAAUGGGGGCCUUCUGCAGGUGUAAUGUACAGGACUACAUCUGGAACAAAGGCAUGCGCUGCGAAUGGGCCAUCACAGAGUUCCAGGUGUUGUGCGUGAUAGUGGGCGUGGCCUCUGUCGUGCUCCUCCUGCUCUUUAUGAUCGUCGUUUUCUUUGCCAAGAGACUCUACCGCCUCAAGAACGAGAACCGGCGCCUUCGCAAACGCAGUAAGUACCGCCCCCAGAGCGGCGAGCCCCAGACUGACGGCCUCUCAGUUUCGACAACGGCCGACGGCUCCCAGCCAAACGUAAGGAAACUGUGCGACACCCCUCCGCCUGCUCCCCAAGCUCAUACUCACAACCUGGCGUACUAUGACAACAUUAUCUGUCAGGAUGAGCCUCAGAAGGACCACCAGGCAAAGCCCCCGCAACCCAAGGAGGAGGGCUCCAUGAACAUCCUGAACUCCCACUCCCCCAAGCAGGAGAACAACCGCCCGGCCUCCGGCGUCCACGCCCACACCCCCAACAACACGGAGGAGAGCGCCGAGGAUGGAGUCACUAUUGGCCUGGAGGUCCUUCUGCCGAAAGAGGCCAAGCUCCACCCGGACGCCGGCUCGCCCCUUCAGUACGAUGUCUUUCUCUACAAGGUUGCCAACAACGGAGAUCCCACCUCGCCUUGCCCGGGCCCCCCCCCCCACUCCGCCCCUUCCCAUCCUGUUUCCCGAACGCCCAAAACGCCCAAGUCUCCCAAGUCUCCCAAAAUGUCCAAGUCUCCCAAGACAGCCCGGUCCCCCAAAAUGCCUAAAUCCCCCAAGUCCCCCCGGUCCCCCCGGUCCCCCCGGUCCCCCCGACACAUGAGGGGGCGCCCACACCACGGCCGCGAGCCUCUGUCCGGGAGACACUCCUCGCCCGGGCGCCACCCGUCCCCCGGCCGCCACUCGGCCCCCAGGUGCUACUCCUCCCCUAACUGUCACACCCCCUCCCCCCCGCCGUCUCCCUCCCAGUACAAAUGCGCGCCCGGGUGCCCCUCCACCCCGCCUCAGCUGCGCAGGCCCCGCGGUCGGGCUCCGGGCGAGGAGCGGCCCGGGAAUUCCAGGGAUUGCCAGAGCGGGCACCUCCGCCCCUCCCCCUCCUCGCCCCACCUCACCCAGCCCCCGCCGUCCUCGCCCAGGGGGAAGUCCAGCGCGGUCAGCACCCGCUCCCUGCCGCCACUCUCCUGA